AUGAGGGUCCAAAUCACCACAUGUCACAUUCAAGAUGAGACUUAUUCUCUCGGCUUCAUUUAUGAUCCCAUAUUCUUUGAAACCCCCACAACUACCUAUCUCCUCGACUGGGCUCCAAAAACAGUCAAUCGGAAGAUCAGAAAGUAUGUCACCGCCUCCCGACCAGACACAGUAGUGCACACAUUCACCUGCAUGGGAGAUCAGAGAGGUUGGUUUUAUAUCGGCGCCCAGCAAUGGCAGGUUGCAAAACUGGAUAGCUUGUGGCCCAUUGAUGACCGGGAUGACAUAAUUGCGAAGCUUCAACAGCGAACCCGUGGCCAAGUCAGCGAACCAGAAAUUGCGAAGGGUUUGGACGACAAGGAUUUAACUCAGUUGUGUGUUGAGAUCAACAGCGGUUCGUUGAGAGAAUCCACGAAGUUUGCGGGAAGGGCGGAUCUGUUACAUUACAACCCAGUCACGCCGGUUCGUGGGCUCCCGGCCCGCUGA